AUUAUAAGUUUGGCCGUCUCCGGUCCGGAUAUUUCAUAUUGACAUAUGCUUAGAAAAUACAUUUAUUCUUAUUCAUUAUUUUACAUCAAUUGUGUAAUGAUUAUUGUCUUAUACUUUUAUUCAUAGUGUUUAUUUCUGUAUGUUCAAGGGUAAUAUUUGAAUGGAGUUGCUCAUACUGAUACAUUCAACCAAGCACUUAUGUCAUUGUUCCCAACAAUUGGAUACAACACCAGUAGCCAUCCAGUGUAAGAGGAGGUCGAACAUUUUCAAUUGAGAAAGUUGCUGAUCGCCGUACUGACGCCCUUUCAGUUGAUGAAAUUGAAGAUGCUGAAAUUCAUCUAUUGAAGGCCAUUCAAGCUGAAGCAUUCCACAAGGAGUUGGAAAUUUUACGUGCAAAUGAUGAGUUGAAUGCCUCCAGUAAGUUUCAUUCUUUGUCUUUGUUCAUUCACUCUGAUGGCCUCAUAAGAGUAGGAGGACGUUUAGCUAAUGCUAAUAUUGAUUUUGAUUUCAAGCAUCAGAUAUUGCUUCCUGCCAAUCACAAAUUCACCAAGGCACUGAUUUUUUAUCAUCAUAACAAAUUGUGUCAUGCUGGUGUGCAAGCAACCAUGGCUGCAAUCAGACAACGGUUCUGGAUACCAUCAACAAGGCGUACUGUUAAGAAUGUUCUGCGAAAGUGUAUCAAGUGUUUUCGUUUCACUCAUACUCAAGCUGCACAAUUGAUGGGUCAAUUGCCCUCUGUGCAUGUAAAUAUUGAUUUUCCAUUCAUGAAUGUUGGUCUAGACUAUGCUGGACCUUUUAGUCUCCGUAUUGGUGGUCCAAAGUCAUGGACAUUUGGUAAAGCCUAUUUUGCAUUUUUCAUUUGCAUGAUAACUCGUGCUGUACAUAUAGAAAUAGUAUCAGAGCUGUCCACUUCAGUCUUUCUGGCUGCUCUCACCCGUUUCAUCUCAAGACGAGGUAUUCCAAGGAAUAUAUAUUCAGACAAUGCUACCACUUUUGUGGGUGCAAAUAAUGAUCUCAAAGAGUUAGGUGACUUCCUCAACUUGCCUAGCAAUCAACAAAUGCUUCAAAAUUCAGCUGCAUCUUUGCACAUUCAAUGGAAUUUCAUUCCCCCAAGAGCUCCUCAUCAUGGUGGUCUGUGGGAGAGAGGAAUAAGAAAUUUCAAGAGUAUAUAUAAAAUUAUUGCUUUCAAACAUAUUUGGAAUUUUGAAGAAAUGUGUACUCUUUCUGCACAAGUUGAAGCUAUUUUGAAUUCUUCACCUAUUGUUCCAUUGUCUGAGGACCCUCUUGAUCUUCAAUUUUUGUCACCUGGGCAUUUUCUCAUUGCGCGCCCACUCAAUGCUUUGCCUUCUCAUAAGCAGAAAUUCAAACAUGUGAAUUUUCUUGCACGUUGGAAUAGACUUGCUGAAGUCACAAAGGAAUUUUGGCAACAAUGGUCUGAAGAAUAUUUAGUUACUCUUCAGAAAAGACAUAAAUGGUCUUCUUCAUCACCCAAUCUUCAAGUUGGCACUCUUGUGCUAUUGAAGGAUCCUGGGACACCACCAACACUCUGGAAGCUUGAACGUAUUACAGAGGUUUUCCCUGGCUCGAUGACAAGGUUAGAGUCAUCCAGGUUCUAA